AUGGCGUAUGCCCUCAGGGAUGAGGAGCCAUGCCACCUCCCCCCACGCCCGCUUCCACCACUGCCUGCCAACCCGGACCCCAAGCCACCGCUGAAACCCCACCAACCAACAUGGCACACCGAGGGACCACCACGGCCCACUAGCCCCCGGGGCAGAAAAGGAACCCCACCCAGAGGGGGCAAUGCCCUGCCGCCCCAGAAAAUCACCUUCAUCCCCCAAGGAGCCACGGACAGCGCCCCAGACCAUCCGUGGCACACAUCGGGACCCCCACGGCCCACUGGCCCCGGGACAGGAAAGCAUCCCCACACGGAGGAAGCAAAACCCCACCAGCCCAGUAAAUUGGCGGGAGUGAAUGUGGCUCAUCCCUCCUGCCGCAGCUCUGGCAAAAGGGCCACUAUCAUCCCCACGGGACCCAGGGCGGUCCACAUCCACACUCAAGGAAGGGAUGAGGGGACGCGCCACUUUCCCUCACGCCCGCUCCCACCACUGCCUGCAAACCCGGACCCCAAGCCACUGCUGAAACCUUACCAACCAAGGCGGCACACCGAGGGACCCCGACAUCCCACUACCCCCCAGGGCAGAAAAGGAGCCCCACCCGGAGGGGGCAAUACCCCGCCGCCCCAGCCAAGUGCAAAGUGGCCACAGUCAUCCCCCCAGGAGCCAAGGGCGGCACCCCAGAUCAUCCGUGCACCAUUAACCAGCCCUCAAGGAAAAGACGAGUGGACCCCCUACCAACAAUCACCCACUUGGACCUCUAGCCACCGCCACAACCCCAAAACUGACGUGGCACACUGCGGGACGCCUACAGGGCAGGAAAGGAUCCCCACACGGAGGAAGCAACACCCCGCCACCCCAGUCACCAGGGGGACUGAGUGCGGCUUACCCAUCCUGCCACAGCUCAGGCAAAGGGACCACCAUCAUCCACCUGGGAGCCAGGGCGGCCCACAUCCAAGGUCAGGAAAGGGACGAGGGGACGCGCCACUUUCCCCUACACCUGCCCCCAAAACCACUUGUGGCAGGAAAGGAUCCCCAACCGCAGGGAGUGACACCCCAAGAUGCCCAAGAAGGAUGCCUAGGUAG